AGAUGCGCACAGUUGGAGGGGCUUCGCUCGGCCGAAGGAUCGCACUGCAGUCGAGCCCCGCGCCGACCGCGAGCGCACGUCCAGCGCCGUGCCCGCGACUUACGUAACAACUGAUCGGAUCGAACCUUCCGAUAAAUCAAUCGCGAUCGUCAACUGUCGAUAAUUUGUGCACCGAUAAUUUUUUUUAUCAUUUUUCCGCGCCGAAACAAGUGAACUCGAUUGUGUACUUUGUGUUAUUUUUUUUUUCACGCUUUAUUUUUGGGCGUAUAUGAACAGUGUUUUGAAUUUGAUUCUGACGGACCAAGUGUGAGAACAACUGUUUUUCGGACUCGAUUGUCCUGUGAUUUUAUUGACAUAAAACAUGGUGAUAUGUGGACACAUUGUGAUAUUUUCUAUGUGAUAACAACACCUGACUUGACACUGAUGGCACAAUAGCGAACAAACCGAAAGUCCUCUGCCAGUCCGUUGGCAUGCCGUUCGGGCUGUGAAAUGCCCCUGCAGCCCUAAUGCACCCGACGGGGGCAAGCCUGCCGGCGCCGGAGGCCGAGGUGCAAGCUAUGCACUCGAUGGACUGGUUGUUCAAGAAGGAAAGGAUAUAUCUACUGGCGCAAUUUUGGCAACAGCGAGCCACAUUGGCCGAAAAAGAAGUGACCACGCUAAAGGAGCAGCUAGCGACCACGAGCCCCAUCCAGGCCUCCGUGCCCAAGACCAAUGGGUCCCUGGAACGGGAGAGGCUAGACUUUAGUCCCAUUAAGGAGGAGGUUGAGGAUAAGAUGGAGAUGGCCAGGAGCGGGUCGGCCAGGAGCAGCCCGCAGGGCGGGUUGGAGAGCGAGCUGGCGGCUAAAGAGAAAGAGAUCGCGCAACUAGUAGAAGACGUGCGGCGGCUGCAGGCGUCGCUGGCCGCGCUGCAGGAGGCGCACGCGCAGCAGCUGCAACGGCUGGAAGAAAGGCUGGACGAGAAGAAAGCGCACAUAGCGAGGCUUGAAGCCAGGCUCGACACGCAGAGGGACUACGAGGAUGUGAAGCGGGAGGUUAGGAGGCCCAGCCUGGCUUCAGAGCCUGACCCGCGACCAUUUGCCCAAUUCCGGGAAUCGAUCCCGCGACCCGUCCACCCCUAUAGACACCAUCUGAGCAACAUGCUCCGGUCCAUGGACCUCCGAGACUCAGCCGAAAGAGCCGAAAGAGCCGAACGCAAGCCCGAACCCCUCCGGUCGCCCGCCGCGCCCGCGCGGGACGACGAGGAACGCGAGCGCAGCAGCGAACGACGCGAGACAGGUGGCGAGGAGUGGAGCACGCCGCCGCUGAACAACAACACGACACACCACAACAACAACCCGCCGCUGCCGCUGCCACCGCCGAGCCCGUUCCGCUUCGAAGAGCACCGGCCUUACAGAUUCGCUGAGGACAUGGGACCUUUACCUCCAGGCGCGCUCGUUGGACGUCUCGGAGAUUCCCUUAUACCUAAAGGCGAUCCUAUGGAAGCGAGACUACAAGAGAUGCUAAGAUAUAACAUGGACAAAUACGCAAACACAAAUCUAGACACACUCCAUAUCUCACGAAGAGUGCGCGAGUUACUCUCCGUUCACAAUAUCGGACAGAGACUGUUUGCUAAAUAUGUCCUGGGGCUCUCACAAGGGACGGUGUCGGAGCUGCUCUCGAAGCCGAAACCGUGGGACAAGCUGACGGAGAAGGGGCGCGACUCGUAUCGGAAGAUGCACGCGUGGGCCUGUGAUGAGGCGGCCGUGAUGCUGUUGAAGUCCCUCAUUCCAAAGAAAGUGGGCUCCAAGGACGGCAGCAUGGGCCCCGGUUUCGGUCGAAGCGAGGGUGAGGGCGACGAGCGGCUGGCCCAUAUCCUCACGGAAGCCUCGCACCUCAUGAAGCCAGGCCAGCCGAAUGACGACUCGCGGAGCAAUGAUGACUCCAACUCGCCGAGGACGCAGUGCUUAUCGCCGUUCUCUAAUAAGGACUCGAGUCAAAACAGAAGACUGAAAAAAUACGAAAACGAUGACAUCCCCCAGGAGAAGGUGGUGCGCAUCUACCAGGAGGAGCUCGCCAAGAUCAUGACCCGGAGGGUGGACGACAUACGCCACAACCGGGACGGCUUCCCUGGAAUGUUUCCUCCAUUUUUCAGCGGCGGCAUGCCACCACACAUGGAGCGGCCUCCCGAAGACCUCCGCAUGGCCCUGGAAGCCUACCACCGAGAACUGGCCAAGAUCCAACCCGGCGGCAACAUUACCAACCUCCACAACAUCCCCGGAAUGCCUCCCUUCCCGAACUUGCUCGCGUUGCAACAGCAAGCCAUGCAAGCGCAGAACCAACACAUCAACGGCUCCGGGGCAAUACAGGAUCUAUCUCUCCCUAAAGACAAGAACGCUAAGAUAAACGGAAUUAUUACUGAUAACGAUAAGGAUAAGCCAAUGGAUGCUGAAGAGGCUAUAAGGCACGCGGGAAGCGCGUUUUCGCUCGUCAGGCCGAAGUUGGAGCCAGGGCAACAGUCCACUGGAUCGUCAGCUUCUAGUCCGCUCGGGAACGCCAUUUUACCGCCAGCCAUCACCCCCAACGAGGACUACAGCAGUUCGGCCGCGGCCAGCCCGCUGCAGCGCAUGGCCUCCAUCACCAAUAGUCUGAUCUCGCAACCGACCAACCCCACGCACCAUGCGCCGCAGCAGCGCUCCAUGAAGGCCGUCCUCCCGCCCAUCACGCAGCAGCAAUUCGAUCUCUUCAACAACCUGAACACCGAGGACAUUGUCAGAAGAGUGAAAGAGGCCCUAAGUCAGUACUCCAUCAGUCAACGGCUGUUCGGAGAAUCUGUGUUAGGGUUGUCACAAGGAUCCGUCAGCGAUUUGCUGGCGAGGCCAAAGCCCUGGCAUAUGCUGACGCAGAAAGGCCGGGAGCCCUUCAUCAGGAUGAAGAUGUUCUUGGAAGACGACAACGCGGUGCACAAGCUAGUGGCGUCGCAGUACAAGAUCGCGCCGGAGAAGCUGAUGAGGACUGGAAACUAUAGCGGAGCACCUCCAUGUCCGCCAAACAUGAGCAAGCCGAUGCCCCCGACACAAAAGAUGAUCUCGGACGCGACGUCGCUGCUCAGCAAGAUGCAGCAGGAGCAGCUCCUCGGCGGCGGCCACCUCGCCCACCUCCCCCCCGCCGGCCUGCUGCUCACCCCCCCCGGCUUCCCCCCGCACCACGCCGUCACCCUCCCCCCGCUCGAGCCCAAGGACCGCAAGCCUCCCCCGCACGCGCCUCCGACCAUGAGGCCGCUUCACCAACACAUUUCCCCGAGCGUCUACGAGAUGGCCGCUCUCACGCAGGAUCUCGACACGCAAACGAUCACUACCAAAAUCAAAGAGGCCCUACUAGCUAAUAACAUCGGCCAAAAGAUCUUCGGGGAAGCGGUCCUCGGACUCUCGCAAGGCUCGGUCAGCGAGCUCCUCUCCAAGCCGAAACCGUGGCAUAUGCUCAGCAUUAAAGGCCGAGAACCCUUCAUUAGGAUGCAGCUCUGGUUGAGCGACGCGCACAACAUUGAUCGCCUGCAGGCGCUUAAGAACGAGCGACGAGAAGCGAACAAGCGACGGCGAUCGAGCGGCCCCGGGCAAGAUAACUCCUCCGACACCUCCUCGAACGACACGUCCGAGUUUUAUCAUUCGAGCUCGCCCGGGCCCGCCACGGGCGCGCCUUCCGCUAAAAAGCAACGAGUCCUUUUCUCCGAGGAACAGAAGGAGGCCCUCCGGCUCGCCUUCGCUCUGGACCCCUACCCCAACAUGCCGACCAUCGAGUUCCUGGCGGCGGAGCUCGGGCUCUCGACGCGAACCAUCACCAACUGGUUCCACAACCACAGAAUGAGGCUAAAACAGCAGGCGCCGCACGGUUUACCGGCGGAACCACCCGCUCGCGAGGCAUCCGCUCCCUUCGACCCGGUCCAGUUCCGGCUCCUCCUCAACCAGAGACUUCUAGAGCUGCAAAAGGAGCGCAUGGGUCUAGCGGGGGUUCCUCUCCCGUACCCUCCGUACUUCGCCGCCAACUCCAAUCUGGCCGCUCUGAUCGGGCGCGGAUUGCUCCCGCCCGAGGAGGCUAAGGACCAAGCGUCGGGGUUAGAUUUAUCGAUGCCGCUAAAGCGAGAGCCGGACGCGGACGAUUUCGAAGAUGACGACGUAGAGAGCAAUCUGGGGUCGGAAGACUCGAUGGACGACGGGGAAUCGAAGACGGAGCCGAAAGCGGCGUCGACGCCGGCGCGGUCGAGCCGGCGCAAGCCCGCCGCGCCGCAGUGGGUCAACCCCGACUGGCAGGACGAGAAGCCGCGCAACCCCGACGAGGUCAUCAUCAACGGGGUCUGUGUCAUGCGGAGUGACGACUUCCGACGCGAGGCGGAGGAGACGGUGCGCGUGGAGCCCUCGCCCGUGCCCAGGGAGGGCUCGCCCGCCGCCCGCGAGCCGUCGCGCACGCCGCACACGCCCCACACGCCUCACACCCCCCACACGCCACACACGCCACACACGCCGCCUGAAGUCCUUCCGGACGACAAGAUAAAGGCGGAGGCCGACGACGACCGGUGGGAGUACUAGACUGUGUGAUGUGAUAGAACUGUUCAAGUGUAAGCGGUGCGGUGGUCCGGCGUAGUGUAGCGACUGUACUGAGUUAGAUCAUAUCAAGUUGGACGGUUAUUUAUUAAUUAGUUAAGGUCUCCAUCCAAUGGAGAGGCGGGCGUAGGCGCGAGUGCAAAUAUUAUUGUGUAGUUAAAUGUACUGUUUUGUUAUAAUUACGUUGUAAGGCCAAAGACUUUGUACAUAGACCCUAUUAGCCGUCUCGUGAUAUGCCUGGCAUACGUCCCGCCGCGGGCGACUACACUUACGAUACAAAUUAUGCAUUUUGCUUUAAUUUUUAAUUUAUAGACAAAGUACCCUGACUCGGUACAAAUAUCUGAGUAUUUUUACUUCGUUUUUAAUAUUUGAAAUCGAUUAUUGUAAAUAAAUAUACCAAAUAUGUAUCGGAUAGGAGCGCGUGUACAUAUAGAGUAGGAGGUUUUGUAAGAUACCGUUUAGAGCGCGAGGUUCAUUAUUGUUAAAGAAAAUUGAAGUGCAAUCUGAAGUAAAUAUAAGCUAUGGUCGAAACUGAAUCCCAGUUGAAAGUAUUAUUACGUUUAUAUGAACCGGUGAGGUUAUAAAUAUUAUAAUUCGGUUAUAUAAGUUUACUUUAAAUUAUGAAUGUUUUAUUUUUUACUGUAUGUUUUCUAUACAUUAUUUUAUACGAGGCGCGACGCUCAAGUUUGUGAUUUGCGAUAGUUAGCUGUCAUUUAACCUUUUAAUUUCCAUAGACAAUAGUUCUCAGUGUAGAGCGAACUUAACGACUUUAGAGAACGUACAAAUUAAAACGAAUACGAUUAAGCAAAUAAUGUAUUGCUUGCGGUUAUAGUUUUAUUUUAUUUUAGCAAUAAAUUUGCUUUUAAUCUUAUUUCA